AUGGGUCUGCAAGUAGUCAUGUCUAGUAAUUAUUCUAAGGCAAGCAACUCCCUCGGUCCCGGUAAGGAGGGAAAGGAAUAUAAAGAUCAAUUUUUAGUAAAAGGAAACUAUAAUAUAAUAUUAGUCGAUUGGACUUGGGGAAAUCUUCCAGAUCCGAAUGGUGCAGUUAUAAAUUCUUACGUUGUUGGAGAGCAGAUGGGUUUUGUAAUCAAGAAUAUUAUGUUGCAAAAUAAUUACGAAGAUGGUUCGAAAUUUUACCUUAUUGGUCACAGUGCUGGUACGUAUGCGGUACCUACGGCUGGCAAAUUUAUAAGGGAGUGGAAAUCAAGUCAUAAAAUCAGAAGAAUGACACUUUUAGAACCUGGAGUAUUUCACUUAAAAGAUGGGGAAUUCCCGCAAAAUACAGCCUAUCAAGAAGCCCACUUUGUUGAUGUCAUGCAUUCAGAUGGUGGAACUUGUUUCC